CAACACAUACUCGAUAUACCAUUGUAUAAUCUAAGGAAGUUUCUUGAUAAUAGCACCCAGUCGCUUUAGACUAAUUUUGAAAAUUUUAAGGGGAAAAAACUUGUUUUAAUUUUAUCGCAUACUAAUCGUGGAGAUUCCCGGCUAUAAAACGUUCCACACAUUAAUAGAAAAUGGAGUCUAAUAUAGAUCCUUCAAUUACAGAGCAGGAACUCUUCCAUGUUCCAAACUCGCCUGACCAGCCCGAUAAGCAUACAAACAUCGUUUCACAAGUUCGAGAAGAGCUUCCAAAUGUAUUCCGAUUGAAUGAAUAUGUAUCUGAACAUUCAAAUACAAAUCAAUCUCAACACGUCCCAGGCGAGGAAAACUCUACAGCUGCAGCGGCUCUCAAUAUGAUUCAUUAUGGAUUCGACAAUGAAAUCUCUACAGAAUCUGAACACCACCACGAAGUUCAUUCUCAUCGUGAUAAUCACUCCAACUACGGUGGGAUGUCAAUGGCUCCACCUGCGUCAGAUGUUUAUGAAAUACCUUCAAAUGUCACCCAUCUGCACUCAGUUUCUAAUGAUACACAUCAACUAGCUCCAGAGCAAGAAUUUGUAACGAUGGUGCCGUAUAACCCAAUGGAGAAACCAAAGAGAUUGGGACGUCCACGUAAGCAUUUUGCUGCAAAUUUGCCAAAUGCAUCUGAAAAUAAUUCUGUACAAAAUGUAAAUGAGGCCAUGGUAUCCAAGUUCAGAUUGGAUUAUUUGCCUAUUGAAGGGCCAGGGUCUCGAGGAGGUAGAAAAGGUGCUAGAUCUAGUCCACGUGGAAGAAUUGUCAUGAAAAAUGGUAUCAUUCCCGAUAACUUGGGUCCGAUAUACACUGAAGAAGAUUUACAACGUGAUAUGGCAUCUAAUUUGCCAAAGGUUAGGCGUAGUAGAAGAUCUGCUAUGAAUAAUUCACAUUCCGCGUCCACAGAUGAAAUUCCUAUAAAUUCCAUAACUACGAAGUUGGGAGAAAUUGAUCCUCAACAAGAAUCGCCAGAUUUAAAUGGAACUUUGAAAUCAGAAGAAGAAGUCCAAAGGGAUUUACAAAAUGUUGUUGAAGCAAUCCCUCCCCAGAAAUCUAUACAAGCGACAAUCUUGCAGACCCGAGCAUUGAACUCAAAACUCCGAUCGAGAGAGAAUGAAUCCAAGGAAGAGAAAAAAUCGGUAGUUGGAUCUAAGACUUGGAGUAUCAAACCAAGUCGUACCACUGUCCGUGUUACUAGAACAAAGAAUUUAAGAGUACUUCCUGGUCCACUCUUAAGUCUCACGUAUAAUGCUUACGACGGAAAUAUGAUGAAAGAUGAUCAAGCCUCAAAGGAAAAGCUCGCGCUAGGAUUUCCUGUGAAAACUGCCCCAUAUGCUGAAGAUAUAAUGAUAUUAAUCUCGUUCCUUAAUCGCUAUAAAGAAGUUAUAUUCGGCAAGGAUAUUUAUUACAUUGGGCCUAAAGACUUUGAAAUUGGCUUAAGUUUACCACAAUAUAUUCUGAAAGAAAAUUCUAAUGAAUUUGUUAAUUAUAGAGAUGUCCCCGAAUCAGAAGAUUCGUAUGAUUCAAACUUUGUCUCGCCAUUAAUGGUAUAUCUUUUCUGUAAACUCCUCGGGUUAGUAUUGAACAAAAAGAAAGAUAUUUCCCAAGUUUCUCAAAAGGGAGCUAUUGGCGAAUUAAAAUCGAGUGCAAGUUCAUUAGGAUUUCCGAAGGAAUGGAAAGAUAGCUCGCAUGUAAAUACGCAAGGUAUUAUAUCUGGUGAAGAUGUGGCUGAGGAUUAUGUCGAUACUCCAGUCGAUCCUAAGAAUCCAGAAGUCUUGGAUAGUCAAAAUUAUAUAUACAAUACCUCAGUUGUCACGUACAACCCAUUUAAAGAUCCGGAAUUUGAGAAAUACGGAUUAAGAGGGUUAUUACCUGUCGAUAGAUUGAUCAUGUUGCGCACAUUAGCACAAUGGUCAUUGAUUACUUCUGAGCUGUUAAAGGCAUAUAUCAACGAAAAUUCGAACUACCAAGAUAUUGGUGGAGACAGAUCAACAUACUAUGCUCCGCGUUCAAUGUUGAAAGGAUUUAAAAAUGCUGAAGAUGCCUUGAAGGAAGCUGAAAUAAAAAUUAAUAAGAAAAUCAACAAUGCCUCCAAGAGAGUACAAACUCCUACGGAAGGAUCAUCUACUCCACCUGCUCUGACAUCCCAAGAUCCUGAACUUGCUAAGUACGUUGAUCCUACCUCAGAUCCUCUCGAACAUCCUCUUAGAUGGAGAGUUGAUGAGAUGUUUAUUGGUGAUGGUGGGUUCCAUAUUGGGAGAUUCUAUUUGAGUCGUAUGGCCGAAGGUAAUGGAGGGGGUCUCUCAUCAUUAAAGAAAAUGAAGGCUCUGUUCACCAAUUUUAGAGAACUCAAAGAUAUACCCUCUUCAUUCAAAUUGUAUGUCGAAGAUAUUCAUCAGGUACUUCUGAAUGAGUUUGAAACAUUUGGAGUAGAAUUCAAUGAAGAUGGAGAAGAAGUACAUCCUGAUAAAGAUGAAAAUGGGGAUAAUAAUAAUAAUGAAGAAAUAUACGAUGAAGAAGAAUGUCAUUGGUAUGAGGUUGCAUCCAAUGUGGAAGAAAUCAAAAACUUCAUCACCUUUUUAGCUGAUAGAAUACAACUGUUGCCGUCACUGAUUCAUAGACAAAUGCAAACGAUGCACAACUAUUUGGUUGAACUUGAACCAUUACUUGCAGCCCAAGAGUCUGCUGAAGUCAUUAAUAAAACUGAUAGGUCAUCCAGAAAAAGACAUAUUGAUUACAGUGAUGUGUCAAACGCGCAUAAACUGAGACGAUAUGAUGAAGAAGAUUCUCAAGAUGAGUACUUUGAUGAGAAAGACGAUGAAAUUAUUGAUGAAAAUGAUGAAGACUACCUGGAGUAGAUAGACAUGUUUUACUAGUCUAUAUAGUAUCACUCACAGUACAAAUCGAACAAUAUAAUGGAUAAUCAUUUAUAAUAAUAAUAUAAUACAAAACAAACUUUUU